UGCGGUAGUCAAUAUUAAUUAAAACUGAAAUAAUUCAAUUAAAAAUUUAACUGAACGCAGGCUACCAUGGAUUUCCAAAGUGCUAUGGAAACUUUUGCAGAAGCUUGGGUAGCUGCUAAUGCUGGACAACAGAGCCAGGCUUUGGCCUUAACACGUGCUGCAAAUGCCGCCGCUGCUGCUGUAGCUGCAAAUGUGAAAUCACCGACGGGUAGCAUCACAGAUAUUGCUGUUAAGAAAGAGCACUCAUUAUCGCCAAGCAAUAAUAUAAAUAAUAAUGCACAAAGUUCCUCAACGGGUGGUGGUGAAGAUACCCCAACACAUCAUCGACGCACUUCACUGCAAGGCGUACAAGAUAAACUGUCACAAUUACAGAUGCAACAACAUAAUCAACAACAGCAGCAGCAACAACAACAACAACAACAACAGCAAAUGCAUCAGUGCAACGAUGAUGAACAGAGUCCACGUUAUGUGACCCCAGGCUUAAACAAUAAUGUUGCUAGCAGUGGUGUUAUUGGCGGUCGACGUUCUACAGAUAAUGCAUCACCCAUACCAAAUGUAGACACUAAACUUAAUCUUACCUCUUCAAUAUCUAGUCAAAAUCUCAUACUGACCUCAACACCAAAGAUCGAACGCGAUGAACGCAAUAAUGUUGGGAAUUUCGCCUGUCUGCCGCCCUCCGCUUUGAAUGCAGUAAGUGGGGCUAUGAGUUCUUUAGUCGCCCAACAGCAGUGCCAUAAUGAUAAGCUCAUAACAACAACCGCUGGUCUUGAGAACCGACGCGAUUUCGACAUGUCCAAAGUUAAUUCAAAAUCAAUACCACUACAUUGUGUUGUAGAAUCAGUGCAUUCCCUACAAGCAUCACUUAAUAUUGAUACACGAAAUCCUUGGAAGCGUCGUCCAGAAACAGAUAGCUAUGUUAUUGUGGCAGCAGCAACGCCAUGGUCUGAGAUAGUGCAAACUGCUCUGCAACGUUUGGGUUAUUCUCAGGAAACAGCGAAUACAGCAAGAGGUUCAUUAAUUAUAAAAAAUUGGAAACCCAUACCGCUUGAACAGAUUUCUGAUAAUCCCACAAUACCUGUUUGUGAUAUCAUUGGUGAAUUGACUUCUGUGGUGACACUACGUAUUGUUAUAUUACGUACCAAAACCUCACCAUUUGGUGAGAUUAAAGAUAAAUUAUUAAAAUUAUUAGUUUUACAAUCACAUGCAGUACUACGAUCCACCGGUUGUCCAUUGGAUGAGUCAAUACUUUCGCAGCUAUGCCGUAUCUCAUAUCAAAACGCGUAUGCAUUUCCUGACAUCUCCGAGGACAUACGAAGAAAAUUUGAACAAUGGUGGUCAAAUCAAUUAUCGCCUCAAGCUGCUAUGACUCCAAAAAUGCUUCCUUUUAUGGCUGUACCACAACCAGUUGCGAACGAUAUGGACUUUAAAGUUGGUUCUGCUGCAGUGGCCGCAGCAGCUGCAGCGGCAGCAGCACAAGCAGGCCUACAUGCGGCAAGUGGCAAUGCAAGUGUAUCCAGUUUAGGUGUACCGACCGGCAUUAAUGCAAGUCAUGAAUCGUUAAUGUUAAAUGAGCAUGGUGGACCAGGAGUGCCCGGAAAUAGUGCAUCGCAUCACCCAGGCAUGUUGGUACAUCCCGCAAUGCACGCUUCUAUGCACCAUCAUCAUCAUCAUUCACAUUCCCAGUAUCCAAAUCAGAAAACACGCAUGCGUACAAGCUUUGAUCCUGAAAUGGAGUUACCAAAACUUCAGAAAUGGUUUCAAGAGAAUCCACAUCCUUCCCGACAACAAAUACAAACUUAUGUAGUACAAUUGAAUGCUUUGGAAUCGCGACGAGGUCGCAAACCAUUGGAUGUGAACAAUGUUGUUUAUUGGUUUAAGAAUGCGCGUGCUGCACAGAAACGUGCUGAAAUGCGUGGCGGUCUGGGAGCUAUUGGUGCUUUAGGUCAUGUAGCUAUGAAUGGAUAUUUGAGUCAACACGGUCAAUUGAGUCAAAAUUCAGGCAGUAGUGCUGGUAGCAUAACUGGCAGUCAACAGCUGAGUGGUGUUGGUAUGCCGUUGGCACAUGACUAUCUCAAAAGUCCUUUGAGUUUAAAAUCGGAAGAUAUAGAUACAAUGUCACAACACUCAGAUGACAUGGAUGAAGAUACAAGUCGCCCAUGCUCCCCACAAUUGCCACUAUCAUUGACAACACAUGAACGUAAUCGCAACUCACCCACAAAUAAUGAUGAACAUUGCGCUGAAAGUCGUCGCACAAGCUCCUCGAAAGAUGAGAAUGAUACACAUAACUUAAUUAAUGGUACGCCACUACAAAUGGAGCGAUCAUGCUCGCGUGACUACAAUGAAGAGGAUACUGUAAAACGUGAAAAAGAUAUUGAUGAGAAUAUUGAAAGCAAUAAAAGUGAUACAGUAACCACACCAAAUGAUGUGCAACAGAACGAAACUGAAACUAACAAUAACUCAACCAAUUCCAAUAACAAUAAUAACAGCAAUCCUAGUAACGAACAGGUAGAACAAGAUUUAGCUGAGAACUCAUCACCGAAGCAUAUAACAACUAAAGAGGAAGAUGACUAUCUUGAUAUGGAUGAAGAUGAUGAGGAUAAUGAAAAUGAUACCAGUCAAUUGGAUGAUUUUCGUUCACCUUCACCGGAUAUGACGAACUCAAUGGCAGAUCGUAAGGAUUUACAAUUUCCGAUGGUACCCAACUCUAUGUUCUCACAAUCGUUCAUGUAUAUGAGUCAUUACAUGCCUGGUUUUGGUCAAGCAGCUGCCGGCCAUCCACAUACACAUCAUGCCAUUGCGGCUGCAGCUGGUAUGCAACAGAGUCCUUUAAUGAGUCAUAGUGGCUUAAAUUUAUCUAGCCUAUCAAAUGAAGAACGUCGUAAACGUAAUCGCACGUUUAUCGAUCCAGUUACAGAGGUACCAAAACUGGAACAGUGGUUCGCUAUGAAUACACAUCCAUCACACAAUUUAAUACUGAAAUAUACAGAAGAUUUGAACACGAUGCCAUAUAGGCAAAAGUUUCCACGGUUAGAAAGCAAAAAUGUGCAAUUCUGGUUCAAGAAUCGUCGUGCUAAGUGUAAGCGCCUCAAGAUGUCGCUGUACGAUAACUCACAAUUUCCCGCUUUGAACUCAUUCGUGCACAAAUACGAUGAACGUGAUUGAAAUAUGCUGGAUAUGGACUGUUCGUUCUUAACUGAAAGCCAUAAUAAGAUAUCUAUAUAAAUGUUAUUUAUUAAUUCGACUUCUGCAACUUAUAUGACAUUCUUCAAAAAACUACUA